AGACACCCACUAUCAUGGGGAAGCCGGUCAUGGAGCGCUGGGAGACCCCCUACAUGCAUUCCCUGGCCACAGUGGCAGCUUCCAAAGGCGGACGUGUUUUGGAGGUGGGCUUUGGCAUGGCCAUUGCAGCCACCAAAAUUGAACAGUUCAACAUUGAGGAGCACUGGAUCAUUGAAUGCAAUGAAGGGGUGUUUCAGAGGCUCCAGGAAUGGGCCAAAACUCAGCCUCACAAGGUCAUCCCCUUGAAAGGGUUGUGGGAGGACGUCGUCCCGACUUUGCCUGCAGAGCAUUUCAACGGAAUCCUUUAUGACACUUACCCACUGUCAGCAGACACCUGGCACACUCAUCAGUUUGGCUUCAUUAAGGGCCAUGCCUAUCGGCUCCUGAAACCUGGCGGCGUCCUCACCUAUUGCAACCUGACUUCUUGGGGUGAGCUCCUGAAGACCAAGUACUCCGAUAUUGAGAAGAUGUUCCAGGAAACUCAAGUAGCCCACCUAGUGGAGGCUGGGUUCAAGAAAGAGAACAUACGCACCAGUGUCAUGGAUCUCGUCCCUCCGGCCGACUGUAGAUACUACUCCUUCCCCAAGAUGAUCACGCCAACACUCACCAAAUAGACUGCAGUCCUGAGGGGGAAACUGAAGAGAAACCAACGGAGGCAAUGAUCAAGUUCACCACCAUUAAAAACCUCUGAAUGGAGGAAACAGGAAGAAGCAUAAAUCUCUCCCUCAGAGACUGGAGUCAGCAUCUAAGCAGCAUCUUUUAACAACAAAUGAGCCAUUCUUUCAUAAAGAAAAUUUAGGUUUUGACACCUUUUCCAA